GUAAUCCUGAGUAGUUGUUGUUAUGUAUGUAGUUGUUACCAAAAUGGCAGCAAGCGAUGACGAACCGAUGCAACACUUAUACGAAGUUUUUACUACAUGUUUUAAUAAAAUCGCCAACAAAGCUCCUGAUAAAGUUAGUCUUCAACCUACAUAUGGAGGACUUGAUAAUGGUUUGGCAUAUGCUCUAAGUCCUACUGGUCCUACAUAUACUACUGGACCUGGUGCAAGUCCUACUCAAGCUACAGGAGAGCCAUUUACAGCAGAUAGCCCAUAUUUUCCAUUUAGUUCUCGUCCUGGGAGCCGUCUUUCUCCAGCUAAAACGAGAGUUGUCACACCAGUACUCAGACUAACCAAAGAUGAACCACAACAAACUAGUUCAGUUGCAGAUAGUCAGCAAUGGAUUUAUGGCACUGAAGAAUUUGCUCACGAAUCCCCUCGCUACACCUCCCCGACUGGUCAUUCUAAUUAUUACUUGGGUUCUGAGAGUGCACCAAAUCCAACAACAGAGUGGUCUUCAUAUGGAACAUCCUAUCAAACAUAUGAUGCUUAUAAUUUGGCUCCAGAAGCAGAAAGCCAAGGUUUACCGCCUAUGUCUUCAUUUAGAACUUCAGGAGUUCCUUCUACAACAGCUAUAACGACCAAUAGUACUACCUUUGUAUCUACUACUCAUACGGAUGGCAUCAGUAAAACGCUAGGCAUGUAUCCAGUUCCAGAACAAGCUAGUGUAAGUAGUUAUAGUUCUGCUCCAUCAACUCCAGUGAGUUCACCUCCACCUUUGGCGCCUUCGGGUUGGCUUCCUAAUCAAAACGCGCCCACAUCACCUCUUUAUUCCCAAGCUGUGUCGACAGGCAGUACUAACACAGUUCAGGGUAUACAUAUGGUGAGUAUUAGUAUGAAACCUUGCCUGUUUAGUGAUGACGAUGAUGAUGAUACUCAUCCAGGAAACAAGGCCGUGCGUGAGAAAGAACGCAGGCAUGCCAACAACAUUCGAGAACGUGCGGACGAAGAGGAGAGCGAUCUGGAUCCAGAUAUAAAAGCACAGAGGGAGAGGGAAAGAAGACAAGCUAACAAUGCUAGGGAAAGGAUUCGAAUACGUGACAUUAACGAAGCCCUUAAAGAAUUAGGCAGGAUGUGCAUGGCCCACUUAAAAACAGAUAAACCUCAAACAAAACUGGGCAUAUUAAAUAUGGCUGUCGAAGUUAUUAUGACUUUGGAGCAACAAGUGAGAGAAAGAAAUUUAAACCCUAAAGCUGCCUGUCUAAAACGACGAGAAGAAGAAAAAGCUGAAGACGGAUCAAAAUUAGGUCCUAGUUCACAUCACAUGCUCCCCACAACGGCUCAUUAUCAGUCUAUUUCCGGUUCGUCAUCAACUUUACCGCAUAACCCGAGUCAACCGCAACAAUAGUAAAACUCUUAAAUAUUGCUACAAACUGAAUGUGAUUCUAUCAUUAAUAAAUAGAUAAAAAUCGUGCAUAAACGUUAAUAAAAGCUCAUACAAAUUCAAAUUA